AAGCUCGUGGAGGGCGGGUUUCACACGGUAGAGGCCGUGGCGUUCACGCCCAAGAAGACGCUCCUCAACGUCAAGGGCAUUUCCGAGGCCAAGGCCGACAAGAUCAUUGCAGCGGCGGCGAGCCUUGUCCCGAUGGGGUUCUGCACGGCGACCGAGGUGUCGAAGCAGCGCGAGGAUCUGAUUAAGAUCACAACGGGUUCGACCGAGGUGGACAACAUUCUCGGCGGCGGAAUUGAGACCGGCUCGCUGGUGGAGAUCUUCGGCGAGUUCCGGACGGGUAAGACGCAGCUGUGCCACACGCUGGCCGUGACGUGCCAGCUGCCGCUGGCGUCGGGCGGCGGCGAGGGCAAGUGCCUGUACAUCGACACCGAGGGCACAUUUCGUCCGGAGCGCCUGGUGGCGAUUGCUGAGCGGUUUGGCCUGCCCGGUGAGGACGUGCUCGACAACGUGGCCUACGCCCGCGCGUACAACGUCGACCAUCAGACACAGCUGCUGGUCCAGGCGACAGCGCUGAUGGCCGACUCGCGCUUUGCGCUCCUCAUUGUCGAUUCGGCGACGGCGCUGUACCGAACCGACUAUUCGGGCCGUGGCGAGCUCUCGGCGCGGCAGAUGCACCUUGCCCGCUUCCUCCGCACCCUUCUUCGGGUUGCCGAUGAGUUUGGCUGCGCCGUCGUUAUCUGCAACCAGGUUGUUGCCCAGGUCGAUGGUGCCGCCAUGUUCACGUCGGACCCCAAGAAGCCGAUCGGCGGCCACAUCAUCGCCCACGCCUCUACUACCAGGUUGUACCUUCGCAAGGGCCGUGGCGACCAGCGCGUGCUCAAGAUCUACGACUCGCCCUCGCUGCCCGAGGCCGAGGCCGUCUUCCAGAUCGCCACUGGCGGCAUUCAGGAUCCCGACGACUAG